CCUCUCAGUCCAAGAUGGCGGUGUCCUGUACAGGGGUAUGCCGCGGGGUUUCAGUGGUCGUACUGUAUGGAAUACGACCUGUCGGGGUCAAAGCAUGUCUCAGCACACCUAGUCUGGCGUCCAGACAAUCAAGUUUGUGGUUUGUUAGGCACUAUUCACCUUCACAAGCAAGGCAUGGGAUUGGUCGAAGCAUCGUGUCCAGACUCAAGUGGGCCAAUGAGAAGUAUGAACGAUUCCUGCAGCGGCGCUUUCCUCGCUUUUAUGUUCUCUAUCACACCUUUAUGAGAGGGUUUCGGCUGUUGUUUCAAGACGCUCAAGAAGUGAGAAGAAUCAAGACCCGAAUGCUCACCGAUAACAAAGACCACCUGACACUGCCUUAUCAUGAGAUGGAGAAACUCAGGCAGUUCCGCAGGGACAUGAUCAAAGCAAUUCCCUUGGUCAUCAUAUCAAUACCUCCUUUUGCCAACUAUUUGGUCUUUAUCUUAAUGUACCUCUAUCCUCGCCAACUCCUGAUCCGGCACUUCUGGACCCCACAGCAGCUUGUGGAGUUUCAGGGAGUCUAUCAUACUCAGAGGGCACACCACCACUGGGCUAUAGUCAAAGGACUGGAGAGGACAGCAACUUCUGUCCAAGAUAGCCGACUUAAAAGCCACCUUAUGGAGCUCUGUAGUAAGGUUCGAAGUGGUGUUCAUCCUGUGGUGUCUGAUGUCCAUGCAGUGAGAACAUUGUUCUCUGGACCUCCCUUAGGUGUGAGGAGAAUGUAUGCAGAUCAGAUGAGACAACUCUGUCCAUUGCUCUUCCUGACACCACGCCUCCCAGCUUUCUUGAUUAGUCGACGCUUGAAUAGACACGCCUUAGAACUCAUGCAGCUUGACCGUGCCAUUGUUCGAUUAGGCUUGCACCAGUUAAAUGAUGUAGAGCUCAGAGAGGCAUGUUAUGCGAGAGGGCUGAAUACAGACCGUCUGAGUCCGGGACAGUGCCGGGAAUGGCUCACACAGUGGUUGCAGUUCUCAACACAUCUCAAAGAGUCUGAGACCUCCCUCUAUCUGCACUGUAUGGUACUGCUCACCGUAAACUACCCCAAACACCCACAUCACUGACCUCGGAGAGCCACAUGACUUCUUUCCCUUGAUUGCAGUGACCGAAAAUAAUGAAAACCCCACCUAAGGGCAAAAUGAUGUGGGAACAAACAUACUCUCAUGUUUAGAUCCAAGCAGCACACCAUAAGACCAAAGCUUUAUCAUCGAGUCAUUUUGCUUAGUAAUGUGUUAUAUUUCGUUGUGAAUAUUUCAGUUUCUGCAGCAAAUAUUUUUAUAAAGGGGCUGUCGUGCUUUAGACUUGUUUGGAUAUGUAUCCAAUUUUGUUUGCUUUGAGUGGUGAACAUAUAGGGGGAUAUUAUUGUGAAAAGAUGGCAUCAGGAUCCUGGAAUUUGUGGAACCUUUCAAUUUUUCCUGAUUAGUGACACACAUACUAAAAAGAAAAUCGCAUUUAUACUGUGAAAGGCUAUAAUAACAACAUAUGAUAUAAUGUUAUAUGUGCCAUAUGCAAACCAACUCAUUGGUCUUAUCUUGUGACACAUUCAUUUGGAAAAAUGUAAGACAUUAUUCUACUAGCAAUAGUUGCUUUGGCCAUUCAUGUUUAUUCCCAUUUUAGCUUUAAGAAGUACAAUAUCAAAGCUGUGCGCAACAAUUUUUUGACUGUGGGAACUCUGAAACUGUUUAUACUCUGCACUGACUGAAAGACAAGCACCAUCUUCCAUCUCAUUCAUUUUUCUUGGGUAGUAGUGGGAGAAACAGUCUGUCUUGAGAGGUUUAAAAUAUCUAAAGCACCCCAGUUACUAAGAUCUAAGAUUUUGAUAACUGGAAAGACGUUUACAUAGCCUAUAUAGAGAUACUGCAAAUAUGGUGUAUUCGUAAUUAUAUUGUUACACUAAAUUCUAUUAUGCAGCAUAUACACGCUUUAAUUACAUUUAUUUAUUUUUUAGUACUUAAAACUACACAAGAACACUGCACCUUGUUAUAUCAAAAAAAGAAAUUGGUCGCUGUGCACAGGGCUGUUUGGUCAAAACAUUGUAGUUAGGUUAAUGCUUAGGUACAUGUAACUUGAGGUAAGAGACAUUUAAGAAAAUGUCCUGAAAUAAUCAUCUUAUGCAGCCUUUAACAGGUGCCUUUUUAUUCAUGAACACUGGCGCAAACAUGGUGCAAUAUGUGCCGUUUUCUUUUUAAGUUGCCAAUUGUGCUGCAAUGUUGAGAUAUUUUAUAUAAAUAUACAAUUCUGUUUGGUUCGGUGUUUACUUGUGUUCUGUGAAACAAUAGGCAAUGCAGUAUGACAAGAUCUGAACUGACUUCUAUUAAAAGACUUCUGAAUUAAUGUUCUCUGAUUGCAUCUUUCAUCAAACAGAAUUGAUUUAUCAAGCACUGUAGCACAGUGUGUAAUACACAAAUUAGUAAUCAUGUUUACUGAUAAGCUUAUACUCAAAAGUAAAAAAUAAGGACGAACUUGUUUGGAACAUUUUAUUGGUUCUUUCUAUGACAUUAACAUUCUAUUAAUUUAUUACAUUUGCCAUAUCUGUUAUUCACUGACCCCAAGUAAAAUGUGGUCAACAUGGCGGUAAAGGAUAAAGAGCAAGUCUAAAACAAAGACUAAAGAAAGAAUACUAAUAGUACUUAAAGGAAUAUUCUGGGUUCAGUACAAGUGUUAAGCUCAAUUGACAGCAUUUGUGGCAAUAAUAUUGAAUAGCACAAAAAAUUCUCAACUUUUUGGAGGGUCUAAAGGCAGAAAUGUGGAGCUUAUAAUUUUAUAAAAGCACUAACAUUAAAUAUUCUGUUAAAACUCAUUUGUGUUAAGUUGUUUAAAUUGUUCUUUUUUGUCAUUUUAGGGUUUUAGGGGCAAGUCAAAAUACAUUUUGUGGUAUUUAAUGUUAUGCUACAAAUGCUGUCAACUGAGCUUAACUUAUAUUGAACCCGAAAUAUUUGAACAACGCAACAACUGGAGACUAGUCUCCUCAAUAAGUCAUAGAAAUAUGGCACAGAUAUUCCACUCCCAAGAGUAUUGUCAACUUGUACAGUAAAGAAGGAAAAAAAAAAAAA